GCGGCGAGAAGAUGGCGACUUCCAACAAUCCGCGAAAAUUCAGUGAGAAGAUCGCGCUGCACAAUCAGAAGCAGGCGGAGGAGACGGCGGCCUUCGAGGAGGUCAUGAAGGACCUGAGCCUGACGCGGGCGGCGCGGCUGCAGCUUCAGAAGUCGCAGUACCUACAGCUGGGCCCGAGCCGCGGCCAGUACUAUGGCGGGUCCCUGCCCAAUGUGAACCAGCUGGGCAGCGGGGCCAUGGACCUGCCCUUCCAGACGCCCUUCCAGUCCUCAGGCCUGGACACCAGCCGGACAACGCGCCACCAUGGCUUGGUGGACCGGGUGUACCGGGAGCGGGGCCGCCUGGGCUCCCCCCACCGCCGGCCGCCAUCGGUGGACAAGCACGGGCGGCCGGCCGACGGCUGCCCCUACAGCACCGUGUACCUCUCGCCGCCCGCGGACUGCAGCUGGAGGAGGACGAACUCGGACUCUGCCCUGCACCAGAGCGCCAUGGCACCCACCCCGCCCGACUCCUUCCCAGGCCCCUCCCAGGACACACACCAGAAAAGAGUCCUCCUGCUCACUGUCCCGGGAAUGGAAGGCUCCGCGUCAGAGGCAGACAAGAACCUUUCCAAGCAGACAUGGGACACCAAGAAGGCAGGAUCCAGGCCCAAGUCCUGUGAGGUCCCUGGGAUCAACAUUUUCCCGUCUUCGGACCAAGAGAACACCGCCACCCUGGUCCCCGCCACCCACAACACGGGGGGAUCCCUGCCCGACCUGAGCAACAUCCAGUUCCCCUCACCGCUCCCCACGCCGCUGGACCCCGAGGAGCCCGCCUUCCCCGCCUUCCCUGGGAGCCCCGACUCCAGCCUCACGCACCCGGGCCUCGGCGCCGGCCAGGGGAUGAGCACGCCCAGCUCCUCUCCACAGCACCGGGCCUCCGGCGGCAGCCCCCUGUCCCUGAGCACCGAGGCCAGGCGGCAGCAGGCCCAGCAGGUGUCACCCACCUUGUCCCCCCUGUCUCCCAUAACUCAGGCCGUGGCCAUGGACGCCCUGUCUCUGGAGCAGCAGCUACCUUACACCUUCUUCACUCAGGCCGGCCCCCAGCCGCCGCCCCCGCCGCCCCCCCCCCCACCCCCGCCGCCCGCUGCCCCGCAGCCGCCGCCGCCCCCGCAGGUGUCAGCUGGCCUCCCUGCAGGUGGACCCCUGAUGCCCAGCGCUAGCCUGACACGAGGCCCGCAGCUGCCCCCGCUGACCGCCACUGCGCCGUCCUCCCUCCCCCAGUCCCCCCCAGACGCCUCGGGCCAGACUUCCAUGGGGAUGGACAUGGCCUCGGCACCGGCUCUGCAGCAGUACCGCACGGGCGCCAGCUCCCCGGCCAACCAGUCGCCCACCUCACCCGUCUCCAACCCUGGCUUCUCCCCCGGGAGCUCCCCGCAGCACUCCUCGGGCCUGGCCGGCGUGUUUGGAGACGCGUACUAUGAGCAGCAGAUGGCCGCCCGGCAGGCCAACGCACUGUCCCACCAGCUUGAGCAGUUCAACAUGAUGGAGAGUGCACUGGGCUCCAGCGCCCUCUACAGCCCAGGCGCGGCGCUCAGCUACUCGCAAGCCACCAUGAUGGGCCUUACAGGCAGCCAUGGGACCCUGCAGGACGCACCUCCCCUGGGCUACGCCAGCCACGGCAGCAUCCCCAACAUCAUCCUCACAGUGACUGGCGAGUCCCCCCCGAGCCUGUCUAAAGAACUGACUGGCUCCCUGGCUGGAGUCAGUGACGUCAGCUUCGACACUGACAGCCAGUUCCCCCUGGACGAGCUGAAGAUCGACCCCCUGACCCUGGACGGCCUGCACAUGCUCAACGACCCGGACAUGGUCCUGGCCGACCCGGCCACGGAGGACACCUUCCGGAUGGACCGCCUGUGAGCAGCCACGGCGCAGUGCUCUCCAACACGCGCCCCCAGCGGGGGGACGGCCACGCUCCGUCUGUCUGUCCCCGCCAAGGCUGAGCUUGUGAUUUGAGCUUACAGCGCUGCCAGCGUCCCGCCGGCCUGGCCUGGCCAUCCUCCCGCUGACGCUCGCUGGCUGCAGGGACCGGGCCCCGACCGGUCCCCUCCACCCCACUGCCAAGACUGGGCGCGUGCGCGCUCGUGGGCUGGGCCUGCAGGGCCGGGCCGGGUCUUCCUGACUGUCUCCGCUCUCACUCUCCACGGAGCCUGGCACAGGGCAGAGUGGACCCGCAGGCGCCCGCCCUGACACCCCUGGGGCCCCGGGGGGGCGGGCGGAGUGUCGGGGUGCGGGCCAGCCGGCCCAGCCCGUUCCCGUGGCACCCUGCCCUCCACGAUGCUGUUAUUUGGGGCCCGCCCCAGCGGGCGUCUUUGCGUGGGGCUGCGUCCUGCGCCUCCCUCUCCGUUUCUAUUUACAUUUUCGUUGUAGACACUAGCCGAUCGUUUCCGGCCGCACGCCUGCGCGCAUGUUUUAUCACCCGCACCCCUCUGUCCCAUCCUGACGCUGCCUGGAAACGAGGCUCACAAGCCCCAAGUCUGGCUCUGGGGUUUUGGCCCCCAGGUUCUUCCGGAAGAAGAGGGAGGGCGGCGGCAGGGCCGGCGCCUGGCCGGGACUGGCGGGAGGCCAUGCGGGCCUCGGGGCUGGCCUGCGGGGCUGUGUGUAACCAUUUUGGCUCUUCUUGAGGGACCCUGGGAGGCCAGGGUCCUGGGGCAGUGCACGGGACUCAGUGGGCAGGGGGACGGGAUGCAGGGCAUGGGGCCGGCCAUUCCCUCCCGUGGGAGGUGAAGUGAGGGGUUUCCCCUCCCUGGUUGGACCUUGACCUCGAGGCCCCUCCCACUUCCCCUGGUGUCACAGCACCAGGCCAGCUCUGUCUGCCCUUCCCCCCCUCCCUCACCCCAAGCAGCCAGGUGGCCACGGCGGGCAUCUCCCGGCCACCCCGGACACCUGCCACCACCCUGCUGUUUGGCCGCUGGCCCAGGGCUCAGCCCACGCUUGUGCAGUGGAGGCUGGGCACAGAAUGGGACAUUUUUUUAGGGAAAUCUACAUGUGCAGAGGUGGUUCGAGUGCCAUCAGACUCGUGUGUAGAACUUUUCCAAAAAAACAAAAACUGGCCUUAAUAAGCUCACGCGCAACCUGCGUGGAUGCAGUUCUCAAAUCUGGCCUGGGAAUCCUGCCAGGCCCUUCCUCCCCCCCCCCCUCGCAGCUGGCACACGGGGACCCCAUGAAGUGCUCCCAAAGGAUGACCUGGAAUUCCCAGACAGGCAGGGCCUUCCUUAGCCCGGGGACCGGCAGCCCCACAUUCUCCUUCUAGAAGCAUCCAUGCUCUUUGAGGCUAAGCAGCUCUCCUGACUCCGUGGCAGAGAUGUUGUGGGCUUUGCAUCUGGCUUAUAGAUCUCCUUGGUGAAAUAUUCCUGAAUUGCCUGGACUUUUUUUUUUCCAGAAGACAAUGGGUGGGAUUCGGCCCUUUCCUUUAGACAGGAGAACCCCGCUGUUUGGGAGAGGCCACAUGGGAAGUGCAAGCCACCCGUGUCCUCUGGCCUGCUGGGGUGGGGGCCACCCCUCUGCCAGACAGAAGCAAGACAGGCAUCCUGGCCUCAGUUUACCCUCCAGGACACUAGGGAAGUGGGUUUGCUUCUCCUGAGGCUUAAGGGCCAGGGUCAGCCCUCUGUCCCUGUCCCUCACCCAGUGGGCUGUGCCAGCAACUGUCCUCCAGGGCAGCUCCGGGCCCUGUCCCAUGAGACAGUCAGGUGAUGCUGGGGGCAGGGGAGAAGGGCUCAGGGAGCUGGGGCAGCUGCCCGUGUCCUGCCUGCUCCCGAAGGGUCCCUCGCACCCUCCUCCACACCUUGCCCAGGCCUGCAUUCUGAGUGUUGUGAAUUUCCAAAGACAACCUCUAAUCUGGUGUGGGAGACCUGGUGGCAGGAGCCGGGGCCCGUGGCCUGGGGAGAUGGCGCCUUGGUCCCCCGUGUCCCCGGGCCCCGCUCCUACAGGGCUGCCCGGUCUGCUGGCGCCCCAGGAUGCCCCUGGAGCAGAGACUUCAGCCCCAACUGUGGCACAUCUGCUGUUCACCCCUGGAGGCAGGAGAUGGGGCGCCAUGGGCGCGGGGGUACUCUCAACAACACAGGGUCAGCAGUGAGCCCCAGGUGACCUGUGCCUCAGUUUCCCCUGUGAUUUCUUGGUCCCACAGGUCCCCUCCCAGCAGCUUGGGUAGGUCAGGGCCAUGGGAUGGUGCUGGCUGCUGGCUCUGCCCAUGUCCCCCUUCCUGGGACCCAGGGGCAGGUGGCUGAGUCUGGGGGAGCCCCACCUUGCAAUGUGCUCGCAUCUGGGGGCCCUCCAUACCCAGCCUGCCCCAGCCCAGCCUGCCACACGCCCCGGCCAUGGAGGACCUGGGGCAGCGCCACGGCCUUGCAUCCGGACGCAGGCUCUGCUCUGGUACCUGGGUGGGCCCCUGACAGAUGCAAACGCACCCAUCAGAGCCUGCCCGGCCUGUGCCCCCCACGCCUGGCUCUACCCCAGCAUGCACACGCCAGACCCACGCGAGGCCCCUCCGUGGGUGCCGCGGCGGGCGGGCGGGCGGGGGUCGGCCGCACCCCAGCCUCUGGUGAGGGCUUGUCUUUGUACGUCUGCAUCCUUUGUAAUGUAAUAAAAAUGAAACGUUUUCGGC